ACUUCGUUAGACGCUAUGACGGGUAUCUGUUUACCAACACGGGUGGGAAUAACCUAUCCACCCUGGAUAGAUAUUAGAAAAAUGCAGAUUUAUAACGUGCUUCAUACCUCGUACGAUAUUCGAGGCAAUCUCCAUGCAGAGACUAUGGAUCGUGCCGCCGUUCAGAUGUUACAACAGCAAGUGGAAAAACCGAAGAAAUUACGCACCAGGAGAUUUAAAUGCAAUCAAUGUAACGUCGCGUUCAGCAACAACGGGCAGCUCAAGGGACACAUCAGAAUACAUACUGGAGAAAGACCAUUUAAGUGUGACGUGGAAAAUUGUGGUAAAGCAUUUACAAGAAACGAGGAGCUAACGAGACACAAGAGGAUUCAUACCGGACUUCGACCACACGCGUGUCUCGUUUGCGGAAAAAGCUUCGGAAGAAAGGAUCAUCUGAAGAAACACAUGAGAACACACGAAAAUCGAGAUUACAGAUUAUCGGCGGCUGCAUUGGGAAUGUUUACACCGGGUCAUAUUCUGUCGUCACAAGGACUUAUAUUUCCACAUUAUAAUUUUCCAACAUGAUGUAUUUAUUCUUGACGACUACUUUAAUUAUCAUAAAGCAUAAAUAUAUCAUAUAUAAUGUAUAGAUAUUA